AUGAAGUCAUUUCUUACCCACACGAACGGAGGUAGCAGUACUGGUGCCAAAUCCAAACGCCCACGCUUUGAGUUUCUGGGCAUCGCCGAGCACACGUCAAGCAGCUCAUCCGACGGCGACAUUUUGGGUGCCGACGGGACGUACUCGUCCACCAUGGACUACAGCAAAUCAUCUCUGCGACUGCAUGCACUAAUAAACAGGCUAGACUCUUCAAUCAACACCAUGAUGUGUGAGGGCGAGGUUAUGUCGGACAUGUUCGUAAACAUCGGCUCGCAUUUCCGCCGCUACAACCAGCUGAUUUCCAACACGCUGUCAACGCUCAAGGAAAUAACACAAGUGUGUGCAGAGAGAGGUAUUGACGCCACUGCACACAAGAGAUACGGUGAUGCCCCGCAUGGCUACAUGGUGGAGCCAAUGUGCCAUGAACCGCGGUCUGUUGCCACUGCCAGCACAAACAUGCCAUCGUCGCUGCCACUUGGUUCGCACCAAGCUCCGCCGCCGCCGCCGCCGCCACCCAUGGUAUCCCAUGCCAUGGUACCGUUGAUGAAUCGAGCCACACCACAUGGUGCUCCAUCAUCGCCACCCAGAUUCCACAGCGCGCUGCCUUCAACUGCUAGCAUGGGAAAGCCUGCUAUAACACUAUCGGCAAAACGGCCACUGUCAGACUUCAACUUCUUCUGCCGUGAUGCCCGCAAGCUUGUUGUCGAGGCACACCCAGAGUAUACGAAGGAACAGGUCAACAAGGAACUAGGUCGCAUCUGGUCUGUGCUAGACAAGAACUCACGCCAGCAUUACCGCAGUAUGUAUAUCCAGGACAAAUUGCGCUACAAGCAGGAUGUAGCGACGCUAUCGGGCUCGGCCAAGCGAGAUGCCAGUGGAAACAAGAAAAUAAAAAGUGCUGGUAAUGCCAAUGCUGCUGACUGCAAUGCACCGGAUCGCGUCUGCGACCAGGACACAGAUGAGACAGAUGACAUAGACGAGCCCCUGGCACAUACGCUGCUGCGCUCAAAGUCUCAGGUUAAGUAG